UUUCUAAAGCAUUACAUUAUUUAACAUGCCCGAUGAGAGGAUUUUGCUGGUAACGGGAAUUCCAUCGAGUGCGUUCAACGGUGAGUAUCUUUAUAAGCUUUUUGGUGAAUAUGGGGGAUUACAACAAAUAAGAAUAGGCUCCUCUUCCCUUACUAGGGGUUGUGCAAUAGUCAUAUACGAGCAAUGUGAGUCAGCCGCUAAUGCCGUAUCAGCGCUAAAUGAUUAUGCAAUUGGAAAGGAUAGGAUUUUGCGUAUUUCGGUAUAUGACGAAGCUAGGGACAAGAAGGCGCUAGAACGAAGAAAACGGAGAAGAGAUUUGCAUGCAGAAUAUAAGAAAAAUAUAUUAGAGUCUGUUACGGGAAAGGAUUAACAUGGAACACCCAAAUUCUUAAGCGAUGAGUUUGCUUUAA